AUGGACAGCUUAGAGAAGAGAGACAUGGCACCUCAAACCUCUGCAGAGGGUGAUGCAAUUUCAGCCGAUAAGAAGAGCUUUCCUCACAACGAAAAAGAUUAUGCCGACGUCGAGGUUCUAAAGUCAGAGCCUACCCGGCCCUUGGAGACAGCGGAGGAUAUUGUUACGAAUGUCAUCCACGUUGAUGAUGAUCCUUCUAUGAAUCCAUGGACAGUACGCAUGUUCGUCGUUGGUAUUGGGUUAUCAGCAUUCGGCGGCGUUCUACAAGAGAUCAUGUACUUCAAACCUCAAGUCGUCUAUGUAUCAGUCAUGUUCUUGACCGUACUCGCCGAAACCCUCGGUACUGGCCUGUCGUACAUCAUCCCUCGAAAAGGCGCUAUCGGUCGUUUCCUCAAUCCUCACCCAUGGAACAGAAAAGAACAUACUGCUGCUGUCCUUAUGGCAUCGGCUGCAUCAGUAUCAGCACUAUCAACUGAAGCCCUGUCGGUGCAGAAGUUGUGGUAUGGCGGUUAUCCCAACCAAGCUGCAGGUAUCUUCAUCACCCUGUCAUCCCAACUCAUUGGGUAUGGAAUUGCUGGUAUGAUGAGAAGCGUGCUGUUGUAUCCUACCAAGAUGUUGUAUCCUGCCAACUUACCCAUCACAACUGUGAUGGAGACGUUGCAUAAGCCCAAAUCCGAAACGAAAAAGAGGUUCCAAGUCUUCUGGGUUGUUUUCGUAGCCAUCUUCUGUUGGGAGUGGUUCCCCGAAUCCCAGUACAUCUUUCCUCUCCUGUCUGCUGUCUCCAUUUUCUGCCUCGCUGAUCGCCACAACCCUGUCUUUACAAACCUUUUCGGUGGCUCACAGGGUAACGAGGGAAUGGGCUUCUUGAGCAUCUGCUUUGACUGGAACUACAUCGCCGGCUUUGGCUCACCUCUCUGGAUGCCUCUCCAGACACUGGUAAACAGCUUCAUCGGCUAUCUCGGCGGCAUCAUCCUUUCAAUUGGUCUAUACUACAGCAAUACCUGGAGAGCCCAGGACUUUCCUUUCAUGGCCCAGCUUCUGUACGAUGGAAGUUCAAACUCGACCAACUACGUUCCAUACAACGAAACGUCGAUCAUGAACCCCGAUUUCACCGUAAACAACGAAGCUAUUGACAAGGCUGGCCUUCCUCAUCUUACAGCUACCUACAUCAACUAUCUCAUCACGUCUAAUGCUGGCCUGACUGCCACGUUGGUUCACAUGCUUCUGUGGAACUACGCCGAAGUCAGCCUUGGAUGGUCCUGGAUUACUUUGACCAACCUGAAGAAGGCUUUUCGUCCACAGACGUAUGUCUUCUGGCGCCAAUCCGGCUCUCGUAGCGAGGAUGAAAAGAUUAAGCUUCGCGACGAUCCCACUAUCGACCCUCAUUACAAGCUGAUGCUUGAUUACGACGAAGUUCCAAACAGCUGGUACUUUCUCGUCUUUGCGGUGAGCUUCAUCAUCGGGAUGGUUUGUCUGUAUGUGAUGAAGUCGACGUUGCCUUGGUGGGGAUUUAUUAUGGCUGUGAUCUUCUUGGCCGUUUUCCUCGUUUUCUUUGGUGCGCAGUAUGCUAUCACUGGUUUCGGUUUCAACUUGCAACCGAUCUUCCAGAUGCUGGCGGGAUACAUGUUUCCUGGCCGCCCGCUUGCAAACAUGUACUUUACAUCGUACACAUACAAUGCUCUCUCCCAGGGUUUCCUGCUUUUGCGAGACUUGAAACUUGCUCAGCAGAAUAAGCUAUCCCCCAAGGCCACAUUUACUACUCAAGUCAUUGGCUGUUGCUUAGGCGCCCUUCUCAACUACGUGAUGAUGAUUAGUAUCGUGGACAACCAAGCCCCGAUCCUCAAGUCCGCUGAGGGAACCAACGUCUGGUCUGGUGCUCAGAUCCAACAGUUCAACACUCUGGCAAUCGCAUGGUCUAUCGCUCCCAAGAUAUUCUCUAUCGGCGCUCGAUACCAAUGGGUGACUAUCGCCUUCUUCAUUGGCUUUCUGGCUCCUCUGCCGUUCUACUUUGCUCACCGUUUCUUCCCCCAUAUGCGAAUUUGGUCUUACCUCAACACGGCUAUCAUUCUCUGGUACCUUGGCGAACUCUUUGUCGGACUCAACGCGUCGCUUACAAGCUAUUAUAUUAUGGGCGCAUUUGGACAGUUCUAUCUUCGCCGCUACCGACCGCAAGCGUUUGUCAAGUGGAACUAUCUCAUUUCGGCUGCACUUGACGGUGGCACGCAAGUCAUGGUCUUCAUUGCCACGUUUGCGGUGUUUGGAGGUUCUGGAAAAGCGGUUGCAUUCCCAGAAUGGGCGGGGAACAGGGUUAACAACUUUGAUUACUGCAAAUACAAUGCGCAGGGUUAG